AUGAAGUUCUCAAAGUAUCUGAACUCUGUCACCAUCUGGAAUCAUGACUACAUACCCUACCAGAAGCUAAAGAGAAAGAUUCUGGCAUUGCACUCUCACCACUCAUCAGGUGGCGUCGGAAAUCUAAUCGCUACGCCAGUCCUCAAUGAACUUGCUGUAACACCUGCCACUGUACCACAACUACUACAUAUGAUCGAGAGUGAAGUGGUCAAGGUGGACAGCUUCAUCAAGCAGAAGGAGGACGAGCUGUACCAGAGAUACCUCUACCUCCUCAGCCGAUUCAAGGCCAUCGACUUCUCCUCACCGUUCUCAUCAUUCCUGCUUCCACCUACUGGAAUCAAAAACAUCGAUGCCAACUCGAUCAAGGACAUCAACUCAAUGUUGGCCUUCCAGAAGGCCUACGAGGAUGUCAUCAAGCAACUUGCACAGCUGGACCAAUAUGCCAAGAUCAAUGUGUGGGCAGCCCAGAAGCUAUUGACCACUCUGGCCAAGAAGUCCAAGAUAGAGUCGAGAAGGAAGGGAUCCAUGUCGACAGAGACCAGUAUCACACCGGACUGGGCCAGUCCAGUCCUUCCUCAGAGUCUGCGUGGCUUCCAUCCUUCACUCCUCUCCAAUCCAAACACACCCACUCUUGUUGAGCCAUCGUCCAGGGAGAAGAUCGAAGUGUUGCCAAUGUUGUCAACACUCUCAACAUAUACUCAGCCAACAGCACCAGAGAUUGAGGAGUAUCUCACCAAUAAGCUUGGUCAUUUGGAGAUAACCAGCAGAGCCAAUCUCAAGAGGAUCACACAAGAGAUUGAGAAUGAGUACCAAGUGAUGACAGAGAGUGGUCUCUAUUUCCUAAGUCAUCCAAACAAUAACUUGUUGACUCCCAAGCAGAAGGACCUAUCAGAGAAUGUUAAACUACUUGUGAGAUAUACAAUUGAGAAUAACAUCAGUCAAGUACAAGGCGUGACAACAUUGUUAAAGAAACAAUUGAUCGACUUGAAGAUUGGCAAUGAGCAUCCAAUGUGGGUUGAGGCCAUUCACACUGUCAUUCAAAAGGCAGCAUACUUUGGUCAUGUGGAGAUGGCCAAGUAUCUAUUGGACCAGUUCGUGGAUGUUGUCGACCUGGCCUUUAUCAAUGAGGUCGAUCAACAGUUCAUUCAUAUCGCCGCAAGCAAGGGCAACAUUGACUUUGUCUCCUUCCUCAUUGAGCGUGGUGCCGACAUUCAAUGUGAGGACUGUCUCAAGAGAACUCCCCUCCAUCUGGCCGCUCAGAACGCCCACUACGACGUGGCCAAGCUCCUCCUGGAGAAAGGUGCACUGUUCGAUGUCAAGGAUCGUGACGGAUGCACACCAAUCUACCUGUCCAGUCGUCAGACGUGCGACAACUCCAAGGUGAUAGACCUGUUGGUGUCGUACAAGGCUGCCCUAUCCGAGGGACCCAACGGUCAGCACAUGAUCCAUGAGGCCGCCAGUCAUUCAAACAUUGAGAACAUGCGUGCGAUCCUUGCCUACCAAGACGUCAAUGUUCGUGACUCCUUUGGCCGCACUGCACUCUACGAGGUUGCCAAGUUUGGCAGCACCGAAGCCUUUUCACUUAUUCUCAGCAAGGGCGCAGAGAUUGACAUUGUCGAUGAGGAUAAGAGGACACCUUUCCACAUUGCAGCAGCCAAAGGUCAGAAGCAGAUACUCUGCAUGAUGAUUGACGUACUCAAGACACAAAAGGGAAUGUCAACACGUGACCUUGCCAAGCUGAUGAAUGCACAAGACAUUGAUGGACUGACCGCACUUCACGAGACAUCGUACUUCAACUACGUCGAGUGUACUCAGAUCCUGUUGACCAACCGUGCCAACCCAUUCGUGUUGGACAAUGAGGAGUGGUCUCCCAUCGUUCACUCACUCUACCGUGGCAACAUUCAGACAGCCUUUGUCGUUGUUGAGUACCUCAAGGCCAACCCCGACAUGAUCAACCCAUCGACACCACCUCUUCAAUCAAAGAACGUGUCUGUUGCUGUUCGUAACUCUCCAGGAGGAGCAUCAACACCCAAGUCACCCACCAUGACCAGUGCCAACUCUGUGCCAACACCCAACAAGAAGAUACCCAAGAGCUCAAUAUCCAAUGUCACCUUCAAGAUAAUGGCCAGUACCAAUGCCGAUCAGAGGGUUGGUUUGAUUGGUAACCGCAAGGCACUGGGCAGUUGGAGUCCCAACCAUCCAUUGUUCCUCACCAAGUUGAACGACACUGACCACGUCUGGGUAGGCAAGGCAACGUUGCCAACCAACGUGGCCAUCGAGUACAAGUAUAUCAUUUGCACUGGCAACAGAUUGGAUAUGUGGGAGUCGUUGCCCGCAAACAGGUCAUUCAUGCCCGAGGAAGAGGAUGAGCUCAUCGACGAUGGUACAUUUGGAGAGGCCAGCACCGACAGAGAUGAUUUCAUGGAGGAGGCCCGUCUACACCACGAAGAAGGCAAUAGUGGAAUGGACCCUUCUCGUCCCUCAUUGGCACAAUCGCAGAUUGUUGCUCCUCAGUCACCAACGCUACAGUCAAAGCAGGUCUAUGUGCAGAAGGGAUGGCUGGUGAAUGAGCACCAGAUCCGUUUGCGAUUCGGAGAGACAGUGCUAGGUGAUCCACAACGAAAGUUAGUGCAGCCAAUCAAGAUCUAUGGUGAUAUGGAGGUUGGCAGGAUGGUUGUUACACUCAAGGACAGGAAUGGUUCGACGCUACCAGGUGCCCAACCCUUCCAAAUAGCACUGCCCAUUCACAUGGAUCAGACCAUCACAUUCCAGACACAUGACAUUACUGAUCUGACCACCAUCCAAUUCGAUAUGUAUCGUAUGGGCAUGUCACACGUGCUCAUUGGACGCGCCAGUUUGCUUGCCUCUGACCUACUCGAUAAGAAGUCGUUCAAGUUCCGUGUGCCCAUUAUGAACUCCAAUCUCAUCACCAUUGGUGAGCUCUCCGUAUUCCCACUGGUCGUAUCACCAUUCAACCAUCCAAAUAUCACCGAGGUGUUGUCACAGACCUACUGGCGAUCGAUGCAAACCUUGCUCAUUGGACAUCGUGGCGGUGGUGCUGAGAGUGCAAGGAACGCUGGCAAGUACAAGCGUACUCACAUUGCAGAGAACACCAUCCUGUCAUUCGUCACUGCCGCAUCCUUGGGUGCACAGUACAUCGAGUUUGAUGUCCAGCUGUCCAAGGACAACGUGCCAAUCAUCUACCACGACUUUGAGAUCCAGUACAACGACUUCAAGAUACCCAUCAACAAGAUUCCUCUGAGCCAAGUAGGAAACAUCAGACAGAAGCGUCGUCCAACGCUGGCAAGUUUCCGCUCACAGUCCAUGAGCAACCUGGUCGUAGGCAGGGACUCCGAUUCGGGAGACGCCGAAGAUAAGCAUGUCCAAGACGAGUUUGACGCAGGACACGUACCCACACACCCAACCACCAUCCUGUCCGAUGCCAUGACCACCUUGGAGGAGACCUUCAAGCGAGUGCCAGAGGGAACAGGAUUCAACAUUGAGAUCAAGUAUCCAAGUGAGGAGCGUGAGAAGGAACUGCGUCUGAACAGUGUUGACCGUAACCAUUAUGUGGACAUCAUCCUGUCGAUGGUGUUUGAACUUGCUGGCAAGCGUCACAUCAUGUUCUCAUCGUUCGACCCAGACAUCUGUAUUCUCUGCUCACUCAAGCAACCACGUUAUCCAGUCUUCUUCCUGAACAACGGAGGCUUCGAGCAGCACACUGACCCACGAGCCAACUCAAUCAUGGAGUCGAUUCGUUUUGCCAAAUCAUCACAUCUGCUGGGCAUCGUCACCAACUCUCGUAUCCUUACAGAGGGUCCACCAAUUAUCAAGGCCGUCAAGCAGGCUGGAUUGAUGCUAUGCAGCUGGGGUCGCGAGAACAAUGAUCCAGCACUUGUAGAUCUGCAAGAGGGUCUCGGUGUUGAUGCUGUCAUCGUAGACCAUGUAGCAUACAUCCACAAACAUUACAAUCCAACUGAUUAG